AUGUCUAGCGAGCCUCUUCCGUCCUCCCUGGAGGAUAAUCCUCACUUCCAGGAGGAAACCGGUCUCCAGAAGUUCCGCAGACGUUUCAAGGAAGAGCCCCUGAUCCCACUAGGAUGCGCCGCCACCUCUUACGCGCUCUACCGCGCCUAUCGAUCGAUGAAGGCCGGCGACUCGGUGGAGAUGAAUAAGAUGUUCCGUGCUCGUAUCUACGCCCAGUUCUUCACGCUUGUGGCCGUGGUUGCCGGAGGCAUGUUCUAUAAGACGGAGCGACAGCAGCGCAAGGAGUUCGAGCAGGCGGUGGAGGCGCGCAAGAGUCAAGAGAAGCGGGACGCAUGGCUGCGCGAGCUGGAGAUUCGUGACAAGGAGGACCGGGACUGGCGGGAGCGUCAUGCUGCCAUGGAGUCGGCGGCCAAGGAGGCUGGCAAGGUCUCUGCUGCGAAUGCUAAACCGGCGCCCGAGCAGGAUGCCGCUCGCUCCGUCAUCGAGCCAACUGAGCAGAAGUCUCUUGGGGUGUUGGCGGCUGUCCAAGAGCUCGUGUCGAGGCAGCGGUAA